AUGAUUUUCAGAUCCAAAUUUUCUGAUGUUGAUAUUAAAAAAAUUGGAGUUUAUCAAUUUAUUACUAGUAAUCCUUACGGAAUUGAUGAUGAUAAAGCUAUUUUUAUUGAUGGUAAUACCGAUAAAAAAUUAACAUUCGGUCAACUUAAAACUAAUUCAAAGAAAUUCGCAUUUGGAUUGAUAAAUAAAAUCGGAUUUAAACGUGGAGAUGUUUUGGCAAUAUAUUCUCCCAAUCAUAUUGAUUAUCCAGUAGUUAUCUUUGGUGCAAUCGCAGCUGGAGGAAUAGUAACAUCGGUUAAUCCAGAAUAUACAUCUGAAGAAUUUGCCUUUCAAUUAAAAGACAGUGGUGCAUCUGUUAUUAUAUGUCAUCCUGAUUAUCUUGAAAAAGCUAUCAAGGCCGCAAAAGUAGCAAAUAUUCCCGAAUCCAAAAUACUUUUAUUUGAUGAAAAUGAAAUCAAUGAUUUUCUACCUUUCUUAUCCUUACUUUCUGAUCAAGAAAUUAAUCCAGUAGAAUAUACACCGGAAGAAGUAAAAUCAACUACUGCUUAUUUAUGUUAUAGUUCCGGUACCACAGGAAAAAAUAAAGGAGUUGAAACCACGCACUAUAAUAUGGUUUCAAAUUUAAGUCAACUCGAUGUUUUUGAGGAUCAAAUAAAUCAUGAAAAUGUUUAUAUAGGAACUCUCCCUUCCUUCCAUAUAUACGGAUUGACCCUUUUUAUACACUUUGUUAUUCUUAAGGGAGCUUCAUGUGUUCUCCUUCGUAAAUUCGAAUUGGAAAAAUUUUGUCGUGCGAUUCAAGAUUAUAAAGUAAAUAUAGCUCCAAUCGUUCCCCCUAUAGUUUUGCUCUUGGUUAAUAAUCCUAUAGCGAGAAAGUAUGAUCUAUCAAGUUUAAAAUUGGCUAUAAGUGCUGCUGCUCCUUUGAGUAAAGAUUUAUGUAAAAAAUUUGUUGAAAUUUAUAAAGCUCCGAUCAAACAAGCUUAUGGAUUAACUGAAACAACUCCAUUUGCAAUCGUGGCGAAAACUGAUAACAUUGUCGAUGGCUCAAUUGGAAUUCUUCUUCCAAACGUGGAAUGUAAGAUAAUUUCAGAAAAUAAUAAAGAACUUGAAUAUGAUGAAGAAGGCGAAUUUUGUAUUCGAGGUCCAAAUGUUAUGAAGGGCUAUCUUAAUAAUAAAGAAGCUACGGAUGCGUGUAUUGAUAGUGAUGGCUGGUUCCAUACUGGAGAUUUGGGAUAUGCUGAUUCUCAAGGAAACUUUUUUAUUGUCGAUCGCGUUAAAGAAUUAAUAAAAUAUAAGGGAUUCCAGGUGGCUCCAGCUGAACUUGAAUCAGUUUUGCUUACUCAUCCAUCAAUUAUUGAUUGUGCUGUAACUGGUAUAUAUUCUGAUGAACAAGCAACGGAAUAUCCGUUAGCAUAUGUAGUAUUAAAACAAAAUGAAAUUCAAUCUGAUGAGUUAAAAAAAGAAAUUAAAGAUUUUGUCUCUCAAAGAGUUGCUCCGCAUAAAAAAUUGCGUGGUGGUAUUUAUUUUACCGAUAAAAUUCCUAAAACUCCUGCUGGUAAAAUUUUGAGAAGAUUUUUAAAAGAAAGAGCUAGGAAUGAAAGUAUUUAAGAAAUAUUUAUUGUAACAUUGUAAAGGUUUCUAAUUUAUAUUUUUAAUUCAGUAGUUUCAUUUUAUGAUUGAUUAUUAUUAUACUUAAAAUCAUUAAUAAAAUCACUAUUCCAUCUAUUAUCAAUAAUGACAAAUCUUGAACUAAUUUUAUUUUCAGG